GUACGUCAGACCUCGCCCUCGUUAGACUGUGUAUUACGAUUCCGAUUAUUGUUGUUGUUGUCCGUCCUGUUUCAUUCUGACCGUCUCCCCUCUCUGCUCCAAUCUUAUCCCCCUUACCUAAAACCAUGAUAUGAAGCUGUCGCUUUCAGAUGCUUCUUGACCUCGCCUACAUUUACAGCCCUCGCUGUGCACUACCUUCUCUCCCCUCUGUGGAAUCGCGACCAUGCGCCAAACUACUACUCUCCUUUUGAAUACCAACUCGGGCUACCUGCGCCUGCGCUCGAUCAAUCCGUCUUUCCCGCGACCCCCGGGUUCUCUCCGCACAUUUUCAAUUGACUCCUACUCCUCAUUAUCGUCCCAUGGCACCUCAUACUCCAACCGAACACCCCUUUAUAGCCCCUUAAGCUCGCAGUCGGCUGCCACGGACCGCGGUCUUCUACUACCCUCGUCUUCAGCACCAUUCUCCACCUCAUCACAGCGGUCGGAACCGAGCGACUGGGAUGACAAUCCGAACCUAUCGAUCUCCGCCUUUUCGGAGCUACCCUCCAAGGACUUUGGGGUGAACCAGCAUAUGAUAAUCAACCAAGAGUUCAAGGAAGCGUUGCGUCAAAUCCUCUGGCAGUUCCGAGCUCCAAUUCGGUAUGCAUUCGCCUAUGGAUCGGGUGUCUUCCAGCAGACCGGCAGUGCGCCGGGUUCGAGCCAAUGCCACCCGUCGGCCCCGACAGCGAUCAAAAACAUGCAAUCGGGUCAAGGGAAGAUGAUCGAUUUCAUCUUUGGCGUCUCAUAUUCUCAGCACUGGCACUCCCUCAACCUGACUCAACAUCGAGACCAUUACUCCGGGCUGGGCUCGGCGGGUUCUUACAUGGUCUCCCAGGUGCAGGAUCGAUUUGGCGCCGGUGUAUACUUUAACCCCUACAUCACUGUCAACGGUACACUCAUCAAGUACGGAGUGGUGAACCUUGACACGUUGUGCCGGGAUCUCAGUCAAUGGGACACCUUGUAUCUUGCUGGACGGUUGCAAAAACCGGUCAAGAUCCUGCGCGACCACCCGAGUGUGCGACUGGCGAACCAAAUCAACCUGCUUUCGGCUGUCCGUGUAGCCCUCUUGCUGCUGCCGGCCGAAUUCACCGAGUUCCAAUUAUACAGCACGAUUGCGGGUAUCAGCUACAUGGGAGAUCUUCGCAUGGCACUGCCGGCGGAAGACCCUCGCAAGGUGAACAACAUUGUUUCGUCGCAAAUGGCGAACUUCCGACGACUGUAUGCGCCCCUGAUCGAGAACCUCCCCAACGUCACAUUCAACGACAAACGGUGUACGGAGGGCGAUUGGAUUGAUGACCCGGACGCGAAUGUUCGCCUCACCCAGGACAUGGACCCCGUGAAGCGCGGCAACAUGGUCCGUCGUCUCCCCGAGUCUUUCCGCGAGAAGCUCUACUUCCAGUACCAAACGCGCUACCAGAUCCCACGCGCAGAGUUCAACAAAAUGAUGAAGGAGAGCAAUGACAAUGACGCCGCCGUGGUGCGCCGGAGAGAGGGCGGUCCCUUCGAACGACGCAUCGCCGAUGACAAGAGCCUCCCGAAAGAGGUCCAAGCUUCGAUCACCAAGACUAUCCGCUGGCCGAGUACGAUUCAGUCAGCCAAGGGGUUGGUCACUUCGGGAGUCAGCCGGACCUGGCGCUAUCUCAGUGAGAAGCAGGACAAGUACAGGAAGUCCGGCAAAAAGGCCAGUCCUCCCCCCGAUGCGUCUCCCAAGGAAACCAAGGAGUCUAAGGAAUCCAAGGAAUCCAAGCAGGAAUAGACAACAGACUUGGAUUGAGUAUUACCGUUAUGAGUGAAGCAUGGUUUGCCCGACCCAACCCCCGGAGGCACGGGCGACCCUAGACAUUUGUCUGCAGGCAUAUUGAGGCGUUGUUCUUUGUCGGCAUUGGUAACCCGUGUAUGUAGUAUAAGUUUACUGAAAGUCCCCAACCACCAAAUACAGGACAAAAGAUAGUAUAUAGAAGGAAAGAGCAUU